CGGGCGGUCGCUUAUUCCUCUCGUCGCUUGUGCACCGCUGACUUGGGUCGCGUGGUGGAGGAUGAGUUCUUUUAGCACCAAGGCACUGACGUUCCUGUCAUCUGUGUUUGGAGCAUGCGGGCUGCUCCUGGUGGGUGUAGCUGUGUCUACAGACUACUGGUUGUUAAUGGAAGAGGGCAUUGUUCUGCAGCAAAACCAAACCACUGAAGUGAAGAUGGCCCUGCAUUCUGGACUCUGGAGGGUCUGUUUUGUGGCUGGGCCAGAGAAGGGGAGAUGUGUGGCAUCUGAAUACUUCACAGAGCCUGAAAUAGAGAUCACCACUGAGAACACAGCCAAUAUACUGAAAAUGGUAAGAACGGCCACACCCUUCCCCAUGGUCUCACUUCUCUUUGUCUUUACGGCCUUUGUCAUAAGUAACAUCGGCCACAUCCGUCCCCAGCACACCAUUUUGGCCUUCAUCUCUGGAAUCUUCUUCAUCUUAUCAGGUCUAAGUUUAGUGGUUGGUCUGGUGCUGUAUAUCUCAAGUAUAAAUGAUGAAGUGAUGAACAGGCCCCGGGAACCAGAGCAAUUCUUUCACUACUAUUACGGCUGGUCGUUUGCCUUUGCUGCCAGCUCCUUUCUGCUCAAAGAGGGUGCUGGAGUUAUGUCCGUCUAUCUCUUCAUGAAACGCUAUGCCAAGGAGGAGAUGUACCGGCCCCACCCUGCACUCUAUCGCCCUCGUCUGUCUGAAUGCAGUGACUACAGUGGCCAAUAUCUGCACCCUGACUCCUGGCCUCCUCCUCAGCGUGGACGCAGUGCCUCCGAGGUGUCCAGUGACAUCUCCAUUCAACUCAACCAGACCCCGUUGCCUCCUCCGGCCAAAAGCGGCAGGCCCUCCAAUCCACCCUCUUCAUCUGGGCCAUCCUCCGGGACCAGCUAUCACCUCCCUCCUGCUUCCUCCUCCUCUUCCUCCUCCUAUCCUCACACUAUCUACUCCUCCCAUUCCAGUGGCCCCGCACCUCAGUCCCUACCAAUGGCCACACCACCAGCUGCUGUGCCGCCCCCUCGUUACCAUGACCACAUGCGCAUGAGUGCCUCCCCAUGUUAGAAGAGUACUUCAGAAUGUAGUAUAACAUGCGCAAACAGAAAAAUAUGUGUAACUUUAAGUAAGAGGAAGGCUUAAAGGGGCUUUUAAAACUCCAGUGACUAUGGGAGCAAAAAGGAGAAAGGGGUGCUAACAGUUGAAAAGAUGUAGACAAGAAAGCACUUCACUAUCAAUCCUGUGCCUAAGCCUGACCGAUGUUUUACCAGUAGAUUUUCAGAGUGAGAUUUUUAAGUGAGGGAAUAGUGACAUUAACAUUUAUACAUAUAGAAAGAGUGUAUGGUGGAGACAGAAAAUAAAAUAGCUGAGAACAACUGUAUACAUAUUAACAUUUUUAUGUAAAGUGUAUAAAUCUUAAUGAAGUUCUUAUUGCACAUCAUAACAACAUUUUCUGUCCCUUAUC